GGGUCUGCUGUCAGACACUCAGAGGGACUUGGCUCUCCUUUUCAAGCCUGAUCAUCUUCAGUUUUCUUCUGCUCAACAGCUGCCCACCUUCACCACUGCAAAAAUGAUGAGAAAGUCAUACUCAGUCUCAGGCUCUACUGGCAGCACCAGGAGGUCCUUUGCAGGACCAGGUGCCAACUCCAGCUACUCCGUAAAAAGAACCACCUAUGGUUCUGGUAUGGGUGGAAGUUCUGGUUUUGGUGGAGGUUCUGGUUUUGGUCUGGGUAUGUCUACAAUGAGCACCAGUGGUGGUUUUGGUCUGUCUGCUGGCCAAACAGUAGGCUGUUACGUCGCACCACCGAUCACAGCUGUCACAGUCAACCAGAGCCUGCUGGCCCCACUCAACCUGGAGAUUGACCCCUCCAUCCAGGCUGUCCGCACCCAGGAGAAGGAGCAGAUCAAGUCCCUCAACAACCGCUUCGCCUCCUUCAUCGACAAGGUCCGUUUCCUGGAGCAGCAGAACAAGAUGCUGGAGACCAAAUGGAGCCUCCUGCAGGACCAGACCACCACCCGCUCCAACAUCGACGGCAUGUUCGAGGCCUACAUCGCUAACCUGCGCAGACAGCUCGAUGGGCUGGGCAACGAGAAGGUCAAGCUGGAGGGAGAGCUGAAGAACAUGCAGGGCCUGGUUGAAGACUUCAAGAGAAAGUAUGAGGAUGAAAUCAACAAACGUGCAGCUGCGGAGAACGAGUUUGUGCUCCUGAAGAAGGAUGUCGAUGCUGCCUACAUGAACAAGGUGGAGCUGGAGGCCAGGGCUGAUGCUCUUCAGGAUGAGAUCAAUUUCCUCAGGGCCGUCUAUGAGGCUGAGCUUCGUGAGCUGCAGGGCCAGAUCAAGGACACCUCCGUCGUUGUGGAGAUGGACAACAGCCGCAACCUCGACAUGGACUCCAUUGUGGCUGAAGUGCGUGCCCAGUACGAGGAUAUUGCCAACCGCAGCAAGGCUGAAGCAGAGACCUGGUACAAACAGAAGUAUGAGGAGAUGCAGAGCUCUGCCGGACAGUACGGUGAUGACCUGCGCAGCACCAAGGCUGAAAUUUCUGAGCUGAACCGCAUGAUCGCCCGCCUCCAGAAUGAGAUCGAGGCUGUCAAGGGACAGAGGGCAAGCCUUGAGGCCCAGAUCGCAGAGGCUGAGGAGCGUGGUGAGCUGGCGGUGAAGGAUGCCAAGCUCCGCAUCAGGGAUCUGGAGGAGGCUCUGCAGAGAGCCAAGCAGGACAUGGCCCGCCAGGUGCGCGAAUACCAGGAGCUGAUGAACGUCAAGUUGGCCCUGGACAUUGAAAUCGCCACCUACAGGAAGCUGCUGGAAGGAGAGGAGACCAGACUGGCCAGCGGAGGCACCAGCGCAACCAUCCACGUGCAGCAGAGCUCUGGCGGUGGAUUCUCCAGCUCCAGCUCCGGCGGCGGAUAUGGCUACGGUGGCAGCAGCAGCAGCAGCUUUGCUGGUGGUUAUGGCGGUCUCGGUGGCACUGUCACCAAGUCCACAGUCUCAACAACCAGCAGCAGGAGAGUCUAUUAAAAAAAGGAGAGCCGUCCCUCUUCCCCUUCAGAAACUCUUGAAAUUCAUUUAAAUCUGUGACCUUUCAGGGUGCUAUGCAAUAUUGCAAUAUUACCAGUGAUUCCUAUAAUGUCUAAAAAAAUUAAUAUGCAUUGGAUUGUGUUACACUGCCACCAUUUGUGUUUCAAGGAUCACUGGCUGCUUUUUUUUCUCUGUACCUCCGCAUGAUUUAACAAGAGUUUCUGAAGGUAAACAUGGCCUUAAACACACAAGGGCCAGAUCAGUUAGCAAGGCUGAAUUUGUUUUCCUUCUGUACUUCCAUCCAAGAAAUAAGAAAAAAGGAAAAAAAAACCCCAAACAAACAAACAAACAAAGGAUUCAUGGAGUGUUAAAACUAAGCAAGGAAAUUGUUUGAAAAUCUGUACUCAAUUUAGUCAACUAAGAUCUCAGUUCUCAGCUGAUGAUUUGUACAUUUGAGUUCUGACAUUAGUAAAAAGAGCAAGUCAAUGAACAGAUCUGAUCACAAGAGAGUGCAAGAUUAAUACAUUUUUGUGACGUUACAUAUUUACAGUUAAGCUUUGAACUGAUUAGUUACUGGCCUGUUGCUUUUUACUGUUCUGUCAAAUGUUUCCCUGCUUAGUUUUGCUUUCUCUUGCCUUCAAACUAAAACUAUGUUGAAACCAGAUUUAUUUUGAAAAAGCCUUCUCAGCAACUGACUGAUGAAUGUUGCAGAAAAUGACAUCAAAUCAAUCUGAAUGAAAUAAAUCUGAGUACCAGAA